CUUUCAAACAUUUAAAGAAAUUUAAACGCUGAAAAAUCCCGUGAUUGACAAAAUAUUUCAUUGUUUGUAAAGAAGUUAUUGGAUUUGCAAGUAGCAACACCUUUAAUUUAUUCGAUUACACGGCAUGUGUAAAGUAGCGCGUGCCACUUACCGUAACGGGACGUUUUGAUUGGCUACUGUCGGCAGCUGGCAGCUACUGGGCCCUCCCACAAAAAUAUUGAGAGGUCACGAAGUAAACUCUUUUCAUCACUUGUGCUCUAGACAUUCAGUUAGGCAGUUUAGUUCCAGUUCCUAUGAUUUUAAGUUUUAUUUCGCCGAUUAAGGCAGUGGAUACACCAACCGUUCAAAAUUCUUCCCUUGAAUAGCAUCCCGGUUGUCUACCAGAAUCCGUUUGCUCAAAUGCAGACAAAAUUUACAAAAUGAUGUCCUAUAAAAAGAUAACACAACCGCUGGAGCUGUCCCCGAUGGAUCACGCUGUCUUACAUCAUCAGCAUGCCUCACAGCUCCAUCAGAAUGGCGGUACCACAUCACCUGCAUCGACAGAGUCGCAAACGGAUGAUUGCUCCAAGACAAACCUGAUAGUUAACUACCUUCCUCAAACGAUGACCCAGGAAGAAAUAAAGGCACUGUUCUCAAGUAUUGGGGAGGUGGAGAGCUGUAAACUCAUUCGAGACAAACCUACAGGACAGUCUUUAGGUUAUGGUUUUGUUAACUACAAGAACCCAUCGGAUGCAGAUAAAGCUAUCAACACCCUGAAUGGUUUAAGGCUUCAGAACAAAACUAUUAAGGUCUCGUUGGCUCGACCCAGUUGUGAGUCUAUAAAGGGAGCAAACCUGUAUAUCAGUGGUUUGCCAAAAUCCCUUACUCAGCUGGAUUUAGAAAAACUUUUCUCCAGUUGCGGACAAAUCAUUACUUCCAGAAUUCUAUAUGACCAAAAUACAGGGUUGUCAAAAGGUGUAGGUUUUAUACGUUUUGACCAGAGGAUAGAGGCAGAACGAGCAAUCCAGAAGCUCAAUGGGACAAUACCAGACGGCGCCACUGAACCAAUUACGGUCAAAUUUGCCAAUUCACCAAGUUCAAAUAAGAACGCAUUACCAACACUAGCACUCGCUCCAUACCUGUCACCUACUCGACGGUUCUUGGGACCAAUACAUCAUCCGUCGUCAGGCAGAUUCAGGUAUUCUCCCUUAGAAAGCAGUCUGCUUGGAACAAGUACAAUUCUACCAACGACCCCCUCCACACAGAGUAAUGCGAUCACAGGAGCUGGCUGGUGUAUAUUUGUGUACAACUUGGCCCCUGAGACAGAGGAGAAUGUCCUAUGGCAGUUGUUUGGUCCCUUCGGGGCUGUACAGAGCGUGAAAGUAAUAAGGGACUUUCAAACACAGAAAUGCAAGGGAUUCGGGUUUGUAACCAUGACCAACUACGAUGAAGCCCUGAUGGCAAUACAGAGUCUAAAUGGAUUCGCCCUUGGCAACCGAGUGCUGCAAGUGUCAUUUAAAACAAACAAAAUGAAGAUGAUGUAACUCUUAGGGCUUGAAUCAGGUUUUCUAAACCUAUCUAGUCAAUUGUUGCAAAGGUGAUGAUUGGUUGCUAUGGAGAUAUUAUGUCCGUUGCCAUGGUAAUCUCUAGUCAAGGACAUUGUUUUUAUCAUGUGGAGUAUUACACAUUGCAUAAUAAUCAUGAUAUUAUAUUUUAUAUAAGGGGAGAAAAAAAUGCAGCAGCUUUUUUUAUAAAGAAUCUCAGAGGUCUGUGCAAUAUUGAAUCACCAUGGUAACAAUGGGUCAGAUAUUUCUAUAGCAACCAGCGUCACUCUGUCUAUGAAAUGUGCUGCAGAAUUAGAGAUUUAAAAAAAAACGAGCAUUGAGACAUUUUACACAUGGGACUGACAAUAGUUGUAUUGUAUCAGAUAGAUACAAUUUUAUCUGUAUAUUUGGAAUUUUUAUUUUGAACUUGCUCAGGAUAUAACGUAGUUAAUUCAGUUACGGAAUUUUUAAGAUUAUUUAGAAAUCCACUGUCGGUGACAUGUGUAAAAUAUUUUGAAUGCACAAUCAAAUGAAUUCCAGUACUGUAGAAAACUUAUUUUAUAAACAAGUAUUUGUUACACCAAAUAUAUUUUGAUAAAAUCCAAAACCAUGGCACAUAUUUUAAUCUUUAUAUGGGUUAUAUCAUAGUCCGGGUUUUUUUUUAAAACAAAACCAGCUUGUAAAAUCUUAUGUUACAUUUUAAAUUAUAUUUAUUUAAUAUUUUUGAAAUAAGGUUAUAAUUGUAUGUUUAAUUUUAAUCACAUUUUACUAAUUUGUGAGUAUUGUAAGUUUAGUGAGAAUUGUCUAAUUGAUACACGAGCUUUCAGUUGGCUGCAAUAAGAUUGGUGGCCAACUGAGUUUUUGUUGUAUACAUAUUUAUGGUAAGUUGUUUUUUUUUUUCUUAUUUAUUAUAGAGUUGUGAUUUAUCCCCCAAUGUAUUUUUACACACACACAAUUUUAUUUUAAAACACAUUUUCAUUUAGUGGUUUCAUAUCAGUAAUUACAGAAAUUUGUCACAUUUUGAUUCAAAUUUCAGGAGAAAAAAACGAAUCAUGUUUCAGAUGAAAUUCUUCAAGAUAAAGGUGUUAGAAAUGUGUGUUUUGUUAAAUAUUUGCGGAUUUUGUAAAUUUCGGCAGUUUCAUUGAUUUCAACACCAUAAUAUAUUUGCAUGUUCUAUAAAUCAGUUUAGGUGGAAAAUUAUAUAUUUGAGAACAUAUCAUCUGAACAUUAUAAAAUAUAUGUAAAAGGAAGAAAAAUUGGGAGUUAAAAUAUGGACGAUUGCCUAACUGUUAGAUUUAUUUUAGAUAAUUUGUUCUUUAUUGAUUAAUUUAGACAAUAAUUUUAGAUUGAUUUUUCCUUUUUGUUUAUCUUAGUAUUGUGUUGCUUCUGUUUGCUUUAAAGCUAAUUUCAGUGCUUGUUAUAUAAAUUGAUUAAACGACACUGAACAUGUUCAUGUCUGGGUUCAGCCAUGGUUUUACACUUUAAUGAGUGAGGAGACAUAUCGUCAUAGCAACAAAAACAUUGAUUUGUACUCUUUAGGCGAAAGAUUAAUUGUUUGAUAGAUUCAUUAGGCGAACAAUUUUCUCGGAAAUUGAUAACGUACAUUGCCGCUGUCUCAUAACUGAAUCUCCUAGUACAAAUAUUUAAAUGAGCCGCGUCAUGUGAAAACCAACAUAGUGGGUUUGCGACCAGCAUGGAUCCAGACCAGCCUGCGCAUCCGCGCAGUCUGGUCAGGAUCCAUGCUGUUCACUAACAGUUUCUCCAAUAGCAAUAGGCUUUGAAAGCGAACAGCAUGGAUCCUGACCAGACUGCUGCGCGUAUGCGCAGGCUGGUCUGGAUCCAUGCUGGUCGCAAACCUACUAUGUUGGUUUUCUCAUGGCGCGGCUCAAAUGUACAUUUUAACAAAGCUUUAAUCAAUGUAAGUUCAAUAUGCUUUAGAUGUACAUGUUAAAAAAAAAUCAUUUAGUUUUUACUCGUUUUCUUAUAAGCUCAGAUUUAUGCAACAAAGAUAUUCAGAUACUGAAAAGUUGAGAUUAAGCGUUGUGCAUACUGGAAAAUAUGUUCAAAUUUUAUAUUCAGUAAUGUUCAAAUUAAUAUUUUUAAAUUUUCAAAUUUAUCUGUAACGUUCAAAAGUUCUCCUAGUAGCAGGUAUUGCAUAAUAGGUAUGAUAGUUACUAUAGAUGUUCAUAAUAUAGCCCAGUCAUACAAAAUGGAAUAUGUGAAGGAAAAUUUUGUCAUUUUUACCAUAUAUCAAAACUUAUCAUUGGUUACUUAUAUCAAGCGAGAGCAUAUCAUUGACUUUUCUGUUCAAAUGGCAAUUUACUUGCACUUGACACAUAUAUGUUUUGGAUAUACAUGUAAUGUUAACCUGUACAUUACGGCAUGGUUACACAUAUUGAUAACUGUCUCAGAUUUUUUUUUUUGUGUUCAUGAUUUUUGUUGUUUUCCCUUAUUUUAUCUUUGAGUCAUGUAUUGCAUCUGUGUUGUACUUAUUUUACGUUAUUUUGGGCUCGAUAUUUCAGAAACUGGUCAGCAAAAUGAUCAUAACUUUGGUUGUCUUCAGUUCAGAAUGUAUAUUUAACCUAAGUUCGAAACUUAUUGUGCAGUUCUGUUUUUUUUUGUUUUUUUUUUCAUGUGAACUUAUUAUUUCUUGUUGUUCCUAUUGCAUGACAUUAUUUUUCUAAUAAGUUUGGGCAAUCAGCUGUUCUUGAUUUGAUUGAAAAUAAUCACGUCAUUAAAGAAUAAUAUAGUGGUAAUCGAAAACAUGAAUAAUUAAUACAGCAAAGCCAUGAAACAUUUAUAGCUUCCAGUUGAAAUGUUUUGAGACGUUAUUGUGGCUGUGAGUUCAUUCUAUCUUACAAAGCAAUGAUGCUGUAAAAACAAAACAUACAAAAUAUAAAUCGGCUCUGGGUAUUUUAGGUAAAACCACUUGAACGGAAAGCUGCAGUUUUCAGACAAGUCAAGUUAUAAUAUAGUGAGAUUUAUUAAUUAAGGAAAACAUAUUUCAAUUUUCAUAACUAGCAGACAUAUUUAAAUUUUGGCAUUGUUAUCCAUUGUAAUGGAAGACUUUAUCUUACUCAAGAUACAAGAAAGAAUAUACAUAUCUGCUCUAUGUAAACAAAAGAUAAAAACAUCCUAUCCACUUGAACAAUAGCAAGAUUCUGUCUCUACAAAGAUUAGUUGCUCAUUUGAACCAUUCCUUAAAUUGUCUCAUUUUAUGUCACAUUUUAAUUCUUUAUAGAUUUUCGUUGUAAUUAAGUUUAUGCUGGAAAUGGACUUGUAUGCCUAUGGUCGGGAAAAUUAUGUUACAUUUGUAUACUUUGAAGCCAGGAUUGAAAAGAAUUGUUUUUCCGGUCAUACAGGGUUAAGUGAAGAUUUUUAAAUUCAAUUUUAAGGCAUUUCUGUAUUCAAGCUUUGGCAAAAGUUUGGUCACAUGCAUUUUGUUCACAUUAUUAAAGCACGGUUAAAGUACUAGUAAUAUAUAUAUAUUUAUAUAUUAUAGUGCAUUUUUUUUUAAUAAAACGAUAUAGAAAUCUGCUGACUUUGUACAUGCCUGUACACCAAAGUUUGAUGAUGUUUUUAACAUUUUUUGCUUACUCAUUUAUAUAUAGGAAUGAAUAUAUCAUUUGGCAAAGAAGUUCUUCCAAGCAAAAUUUUGAUAUUUGACGUGUAUUUAAAAGUUGUUAAAUGUUUUUUGCUGUAAAACUGUUUCAUGCAUUGAUCAGUUUAGAUUUCACAUGAAAUGUGAGUGUUAACUUGUUAUGGUAGAAAUUUGAUGAAUUGAUUUUAAACAAGUCUUAUAAGUUAUUUAGAAAUUUCUGUGAAACACAGAACAAGUUUUAUCACUAGCAGUCUUGUUGUUUAGAAGACUGUUAUGUGAGUGUUAACUUCUCAUUUUACUAUGUACAUUCCUAUAGGCCAAAUUGUUUUUAUAAAAUUUUGACCAUAUAUAUAAUUAAAACUGGUGACUUAAGUGUGUGACUUCAUUGAGAAAAUUUUAAGCAUUGUACAGAAUAUUUUUUUGACAUGCAUUUUGUUUUGGUUACUAUUAUACAUCAUCAUGUAUAUGUCUCCUUGUUUCACUUGAAACUUACCUUAAAUACACGUACAAUGAUCUAAGAUAUUGAAGGAUGUAGAACUGAAUAUAUGGCGCUGUGGAUAAAACAGCUGUCUCUUACAUUUGCCUUGCUGGACAGUAGUCUAAAUCGAUCAUCUGUACAUGUAUGAGGAAUCUACAUUGGGAAGCAGUGAUUGUCCCCAUAUCAGGAAUAUUAUACAUGAAGUAGUUGUUUAUGACAGGAACAUCUAUCUUUUCUAUCUUGUGCAUUUCAUCUGAAAGGAAGGAAAAUGACGAGUUUGUGAGACCGUAGACUUAGUUAUAGUUUAAUUCAUUUUCUUCGAAAUCAUUUUGCUGUCAAAGACAAAACAUGUAACAAGAUAAUGCAUGUCAAAGAAAAUUCUUUACAAACACUAUUCUUUCAAAAGUAAGAAAAAUACAGCAAAGGUUAAGAAACCAAAGCAAUAAAGUUUGGUGUUUUGUGUGUUAAGCAUAAUUCCUUGGUCCUACUACAAGGUGUAAAUAUUUGGAGAUUUUUUUUUGGGAUACUCAAAAGUAUUCAAGUUACAGUCUUGAUAAAUACAUGCCUCAUUUUCAAUCAGGAUAAAAUUAGAAUUGUUUGAAAGAAAAAAAAAGAAUACAUUGUAUGUCAUAUACAAACAAUAUUGUAUUUGAAAUUUUACAUUUUACAUCAUUGUUAUUUACAGUGUUCCAUUUUUUUCUAGGGUUUUAUACUAUUUCCAACAAAUAUGCAAUUUUAUACAAAAUUUCUGUUACUUAUACCAGCAGUUUCUCUUGGAAAAAGUGGGAGAAGCCUGUGAUUAAAGUCACUGGUGGUCUUCAUGUGAAAAUAUGGUAAACAUCUACUCUGUGUAGGUUUUUAAUCUAGUGCUAAGUUUAUCAAAAAACAAGAGAAAUGUUCCAAGUUCGUACAAGCAUUCAAAGAUUAUCUUAAUGUAUGUGCAUUUGAAAAUGACUCUGUAUCAACCUUAAAUUACAUGGGAAACAUUUUUUCAAUGGCUUAAGAUAAUUUUGGCUUUGUAAGGAUAUAAGGCUUAAAGGAGAUGAAGUUUAAUGAUGUUAUCAUGUGUCUAUCAACUUGGACUUGUAUUUCAUAAACUUGGGACUUCUUAAAUAACAUUCUUAAGAUGGCUUUGGUAAAAUUAAUUGGCAGAGUACAUGAAGAUGCUACUAUAAAAUUUGGACAUCCUGGCUCUUUUUUCAAGAGAAACAUGAUAUUUGCGGACUAUGUACUUUAUAAUUGAGUCCAGAACAACCACCGCCCAUAUACCUCGAAACCCCUCGCUGCUGGCUCAAUUUGUGUGUGUUACAGCAAUAUUAAUAUGUCCAUCUUCUUAAUUCCAUAUUCAUUCUGCAUAAUAACAUAUACACCACAAAGUUCCCUUUUAAGAGUGCCGCCACCUGUCUCCAGUGACUCUUCGGAAAUGUAGUAAAUAUAUUUGCAUAUUUUGAAGUGAGUACGCCCCUCUUAUCUAAUUACAAGGACAUGGCCAGUAUGUUUCUUCUUUAAGGCUCCUUGAUUCAAUUGUUAUUAAAUACUCGGAAAACUAAUAGUGUUGCCUUGGAGCUUGUUGUCGAGAAUGAAGCUGGUCUUGUCAUGGAGUUUGUUGUUAAGGAGAAUGAAGUUGGUGUUGCCAAGGAAGAUGGCCUUUUGAUCAGGUCUUUAAGUCAUGAUGAAAUAUUCAUUUAUGGUCAUUAUAAGAUUGAAUAAUCUUAACAUCAGUUCACAAUGAUUUCAUUUUUUUUGAAAGCAAUAAUGAAUUUUUUACGUGUUAAAACUGUAUGUACUGUGGACAACUAAAAGUUAUGAUUGUUUGAAUAUAUGUAACUUGGUCGUAAUGAUGGUAUUAAUUUUAACCCAUGUUACCAAAAAAAUGUCACCGUCAACGAAUAUGUGAGUAUUCCUUUAUCCUGUCCUUAUAAAUCUAUGCAUAUUUGCUACUAUAUAUUUAGAUAUAUAUUUAACUUUAAUAGUUAGCAUUAAAAUUUGUAACAUCUUUUUAAUAUUAGAUGAUGAUUUAGUUUAGCCCGGUUAAUUUCGUGCCAUUGUUACGAUCAGACAUUAGUCCCAAAGCAAUAUGUUUAGUCAAACUUUUGUCUUAUUGUUAAUAAAGUCUUAAAUCUGAUUUUUAACCAUUGAUUAUGUAAUGUUUUGAAGUUUGUAAUUGUACGAGUUUAAUAUAAUCCUUUCAUUUUGUGAGUUUAGAUUGUUCAUGUUUCUUGUUUGAAUUUUAAAUAUUAUUAAUAUUCUUCAAAUUUCAGUCUUAAUUCAUUCCAAUUGAAGGGCACAGUCUAGGAAGAACAAUUAUGAAAUGAUUUUACUUCAAAAAUAAUGAGGAAAAAAGAAGAAUAAUACGCUAGAAAAAUUAUUUCACAAACACUUACUUUAAAGAAACGUUUAGUGAGGGAUAAAACUUGCACAUUACUUUCUAAUAAAGAUAUUGUAUGGUAGACCAUAAUGCAAUGCUGUUGCUUUCAGACUUGUUCAGUGAUUGUGAAAGUAGACUGUGUCCAACUGUUUGUUUUUGCAAUUAUUUAGCUCUGCUUUCAAUUGUAUGCUUUUAAUAUUUGCUUUAUUGUUUACUCCUAUUAUUCUAGGCUACCUCGUAUGGUAGAAAUCCAAUCUGGGACUGAUAACAACAUGAUUUAGCAGGAUUACUUCCCUUUAUUGACUUAACAACAUUUGCAAGAUGAAAUUGAUUAAAUUUAUGCCCUUGAAUAUCUAAACUAUCUUGAUAUUCCUAUACUUAAAUUGUUUAAAGGGUUGUCUGUGAAUGUAAAAAGAUGAAUACUCUGGAGACAAACGUGGUAUGCAAAUUGAAACUAGACAACAAAUUUCUGAGAAUUGUUAAGCUGUCUCACUUUAUAGAAUUAAUUUAACACUGUCCCCGAGAGAAGACAAAAAAAGGCAAUGAUGUUUUCAGUCCUAGAUACCCUAUAUUAUGUAGUUUGUUUGUUUGAAUUGUUUUGUGAAGUUGCAGUUACAUAUCUGAUACAGAAUAGUUGGGGCAUUUCCAACCAAAAAGGGGACAUACAUCCCUUUUUCCUGACAGGGCCUGUCACGGUUUAAUGCUGUCAAACAAAGAGAGAAAAAAAAACACCACUAGUAGCAAUUUGAGAUAAUAUUGCAUAUUGCUUAUGUAAUAACUUCAUUUAGGAAAAAACUAAGAUUGUUAGUAUAUUAAAGAUAAAACAGUAUUUUUAGGGCCCCAAUGUCAGAUUUCAAGCAAUGUCAUUUCUUAGAUUUACUUUGACCUUUCAAUUCUUUUUAAUUAAUUUGGAGAUUUAGAUUGUAUUUAUUGUUGAAAUAUUAAUUUUAAGACUCACAUACUGUUAAAGAUUGGGGCAUUUUAUAAUAAUGAAUAAUUUAUCCGUAUUAUUUGGAUUAAGCGCUACAAGUAUAUACAUGAUGGUUAAAGUUAACAGCAGGUCAAAUUUUAAUCAAACUUAUCUGCACCCUAGAACCAACUUGUAAUUCCAUGUGCAGAAAUUAAUUUUAAGAUAGCUCCAGUUCUAGUCUUUCCAGGGGAUAUAGGUUUACCUAAAAUUGACAACUGGACUUUGGUAGAACGUCCCAUUAUACAUCAAGUGUAGAACUAUUUGCCCCUAAAACCAGCUCAGUAUCUAUGUAAUAUCUUGUUAAUCUCUGCUGGACGUUGUAAUCUACAUAGUUCUCAACUUGUAAGCUGUAUUUGUAUUUUUACAUGUCUACAUACAUUUAAUAAAAACGUAUAAAUUA